AUGCAAACACUGCGUGACAUUUACACUGCUGGGCGUGGGCGUCGAGCAGCAGGCGGGAUCUUCUUUGGAGCAGUUCCCGUCGAGCUGCCAGUGGGCAAACAGACAGGUGAGUCGCUCAGCGUGCAGCCGAUCGAGGCUCAGGUUCCGCCCAGUUACGGGAGCUGUCAGGUGUCAGUGCUUCAGUGGUGGAAGCCGUCUGUCGUUAACUCAGCUUUGUCUGUUACCGAUAUGAGAGGACGGUACAAAAUAAAUGACUUCAGGGGCAGACGGGGAGAACCCGACUCCUCUCCUCUGCUGGGGGACACCGCGGCGGGCUCACCUGUCCCAGGUGCAGCAGUGUGUGGUGUGGGAGGCAUUAAGAAAGGUGCCAAACGUUCCAUUUAUGGUAACGAUAAGGUCUACCUCGGAGUCCGUGUCAGAAUGCCAGUAAAGGAUCUGCUGAGAAACAUCCGCCUCGCUCAAGGCAGUGGCCAAGAUUUGAAGGAGAGAUACAGUAAAACAGCCAAAGGAGACUUAAAACGAGCUAAAACUCGCUUCAGACGCCGAACCGUCAAGACACAACAGCCGUCACAAAGCCUGGAGGAGCUGUCAAUCAUCGUCGAAGUACUGGAAGAGGAUCUCAGGACUGGCAGCAGAAACCCAUUGUCUCCCCCACCCCUGUCCCCCACUGGUCCACCAGUUUCUCCUCAGCUGUCUCCAACUGGAUUUAACGGUGACGAGUACGAUGAAAUUAUUCCCAGCCCCCCGUCCUACAUGACCUACUCUCCAGGCACAGCAGAGUACCACCAGACCCCUCCUGGCCUUAUGUUUCCCAGCUGUCCGCCCUCGAUCUUUGGAAUUGUGAGCAAAAAUGGUGAACAAGGGGAGGAGUGGUUUGGUCCCAGGAACUACAGUGAAUACAACGUGAGCAGCACCGCUUUCUUCUGGACACAGCUGCAGAAAGAGGAGGGCCAGCUGAGGGAUGUCUGCGACGUAGAACUGCUGUCCGCUGAUGAGCAUGGCAGGACAGCCCUUCACAGAGUGGCAUGUGUUGGAAAGAGGGCUCUGGGCUUUGCCAUUGCUAAAAGGAUGGCCACAUUCAACAGCCUGGACCUAAAAGACUCAGAUGGAAUGACUCCUCUUCUCUACGCAUCAAAACACAACCACCACCUGAUGGUGGCCGAUCUGAUCUAUCUGGGAGCCAACGUCAAUGAGACGAACAACGCAGGAAAAUCAUGCCUCCACCUCAGCGCUGAGAGUGGCUACAUCAGAGUCCUGGAGGUUCUAAUGCAUGCAAUGAUGGAUGGCAUAUAUGUGGACGUCGAAGCUACUGAUAACUCUGGGAUGAGUGUGGUACAGUGUGCUGCAAUUGCGCUGAAGGCCACCGUCUGUGAGGUGGAAAGCAACGAAUCCCUCGGUCACAGCAAGGUCCACACACUCCGCCGAGAGCAAAUGAUGGAGACUCUGGAGUGUGUGCUGCAGAUGUGCAGCUACCUUCAUGUCAUGAGGGGGCAGAGGAUGCAGCCCAGAACCGCCUGAUCUGCCUGGCAGGGCGUUUCAGAGACCCCGACGGUAACGUUUCGAGUACAUUCAGGCAUGUCUUUGUCUUAGAGAGGCUGUAAUUAAUGGUGUGUUUUGCUCUCUCCAAGCAUGUGUUCAGGCCUGUUACAGAAACAUCUGACAUUCUGUGUUUGGCAAAAACGCCUGACUUGCAAUCAGGCGUUUAUUGUAACCUGCACAGAAAUGUUAGGUUCUCAUUAGCUGGUUUCUAUGAAACUUCCAUUGUUUGUUACAUUGGAGUAACAACUUGUUCUCAGUUAGGGUGUCCAGCUGAUCCAAUCUAAAAUCGAUUCAAUGUUCUUUAAGCUGUUAAUGUCACAGAGCUCUUUGAGGAGAGCUGUGACAUUGUUACCUAGAACAAGUCAUAGGAUUUAUAUGUUGGAUCUUUAACCUCUUGAAUCCACCGGUCAAGCCUUAGGUUUGGGUUCAGUUAACAUCCAGCCACACUGUCACACAAACACUGCUAUGCACGUGUGAAACACUUCAUUCAAAAUGUUAUGGCUGUGUAGCAUGUGGCUAAAAACAAAACCCAGCUAUAAGUCUCGACAGGUGCCGGCGACAUGGUGGACGUUAAGAUGUUAAAGGGCUCUGAUACUGGAGGACAUUAAGUAGUGCCGAGGGGACGAGGAGUCCCUCGAUCUCUUUCAAAAACACUGGUUGUGCAUGUAUAACUUUUUUUUUCUGUCAAAUAUAAUCUCCGUGUCUGUGAACAGUUGUCACUGAUUAGUAAUCAACAAUUGGUUAAACACCGAAAUGUGAGGGUAUUACUUCAUUCUUGUUUCGAUGUACGGCGUUUGAAAAAUGAAACUACGGCAGUGAAAAGAAAAACAAAAUGAUAAAAUAAAAUGUAGUCAUGUUCAUAAAUUAGAUGAAAGCUCUCCGUGUGAAUCAGUCUUUAAAUGUUGAGUCUGAUGUGUUUACAUAUGUAUAUGUGUAGUUAGCUCGGUCACCGCAGCCAUCUGCUACCAGCUCUCAGCAGACGGCACACUGGUUAUAAAGUGAGGAGUAAAGACUGAUGGAGGAAUGUGGGCCCCUCUGCAAACCAGUCUGCCUGUACUGGAAAAUGAUAAAUAUUAGGAAGGCACCAGUAUGUUGGCUGAUGGAUAUUUACCAGAAGUGUCCCAUUAUUUUUAAACUCCUAUUGAUGUUCCUGCAUAACUCACCACAAAGCUGAAACUAUUGACUCUUAAUGCCAGCACUUAUUCUUGUCUUUAAGCUGUGGUGCAUGAAAACGUUAUCAAGGACUCUGUAACAACAGCAUCACAGCGUAGGGAGUCCUUUAAAUGACCUCAAAGUCCAUCUGCCAGCUAUUUUUGGUGUUCCAGUCAUUUUUUGUCAAAGUUUUUUGUUUGAUGUAUUUGGAAAAUAAUGUCAGCGUGUAUGUAAGACAGCUUGUUGUUAGCACGUUGUUUAUCCUUAUAGUUUUUCAAUAGUGCUGACAACAUAAAUAUGACAUAAAAUUAAUAUUUACAUAUUUGUUUGGGGUUUUAUUUAUCAUGGGUUCCUUGUUUGUUCAUGUCUGUUUUAAUACUGACUUUUUUUUCCAAUUUUGUUUAAUAUGUUUUGACUCUUUGACUCUGUACAUGUGAGUUUGAGCCAUACAAAGAAACUGACCAGACUUUAACCAAAUACAUUUAUAUAUGUAUAUACAACACAAGAAGUCCUGAGCAGUCAGCGAGUCCACCGUUACUGCAUUAUGAAUGAGAAACGGUGUGACGGGCCAGGCUCGAUGAUCCUUUGCGAUUCCUUGACUGGGCUCUUUUGCGGGGUCGACUGGCCCACAGGGAGGCAUGUCCCACUCCCCUGAGUGGGACAUUACCUUUAAUCUCAGUGUAUUUGACCUUUUCAUAUUUCAGGUGCUAAUUUUAAAUAUUAAUACCGCUAAGCUUAUGUAUUAGAAACAAAAGACAUCCUAGUUUUAAAAAGCACUUUCCUGUAUUAUGCGAGAUUUGUACUGCUGUUAUUAUGGGAUAUUAUAUAAGACAUGGGGAUUAAAUGGGCUUAACUAGGGGCUCUAUAAGUUUUUUUGUUUUAUUGGGGAUGUAAGCAUUCUGUCUUUUGUCUGUGGACGUGUGCUCCAGUGUAUACCUGUGGUUAAAAUGUGUUUGUUUGUUUGUUGUCUUAUAUGGAGUGGUGCCAACAAUUUGACCUUUGGGUUGUUUUCACAUGAGUCAUAAUGAGAUGUUUGGUGAAUCAUCAGGUAGAGCUGUUAACCUGAGAGUCAUAGUGUGUCGCACACAGACACACACCCUGCUCCAUCGGCAGUCCUGAUGGUUUUUCUUUUACCUUUUCUUAAUGUGCCUGCACGUUUUACGCUUGUGUGAUAAAAGAUGCUUUUGCUUUUUAAAAAGGUCAAUAAAGUUUGGGUUGAGUAAACAUUA